AUGAAUGUUAGCAAAGGCCUAUGGAGGAAUUUAGUCCCCCAUCGCAUUGAAGUAUUUGUAUGGCUGGCACUGCUCGGAAAAGUCAAUUCAAAGGAGAAACUGGCACGAAUUGGCAUCAUCCCUCAAUCAGAAAAUUACUGUGUCCUAUGCAAUGAGGCAACUGAAAGCUGCGAUCACCUAUUCAUCCAUUGCCACUUCUCGAGGGGUUUGUGGAACUGGUGGAUUGGACUAUGGGGACUAUGCUGGGUCAGCCCUUCAUCGACAUACGAAGCAUUCAAACAAUGGUCAGGCCCUACCCAUGGCAAGUUUCUCAAUAAAAUAUGGACAGCAAUCUUUUUCAUAAUCAUUUGGACCAUUUGGCGAGAAAGAAACUCAAGAUGCUUUGAAAACAAAUCAAGCUCCAUAGCUCAACUUCAAACACUCAUCCUCCUAAGACUCAGCUGGUGGAUCAACGGUUGGGGUGACUCCUUCCCGUACAACUCUGAUGAUAUCAUUCGCAACCCCCAUUGCCUACGCUGGGACGAGAGACUGUCAAAAGGGACGCCAAGAACUCUGCCCAAGAUCCCAAACACAUGGUCACCGCCAAGCAGUACAACCCUAAAGUGGAACGUGGAUGCAUCUCUAAACCCGAUCGAAAAAAGAUCAUCGAUCGGUGGGGUCCUACGAGAUUGCCAUGGCACAUUCAUGUGUUUAUUCUCUAGCCCUAUCCCACCUGUGGAAAUAAAUCACGCUGAAGUACUUGCAAUUCACAGGGCAAUAAAAAUCUUCAUGGCACAUGAACAUUUACAUCAAUACAAGCUGGUGGUGAAGUCCGACUCAGAUAAUGCAGUAAAAUGGUGCUCAAAUCUAAAACCUGGGCCUUGGAACCUCACUUUUAUUCUCAACUACAUAGACAUGGCCAGGAAAAAGGGGAUGGGCAUAGACAUUACAUACAAAGGUCGUGAGUCCAACACGGUAGCAGAUGCGCUAGCAAGGCAAGGCUUACGCAGACAAGAUGAGUUUGUUGCAUGGUUGUAA